AUUCAAGCGUUUAAAACUUCCAUUAGAGGUAGUUGUCUAGAUUACGCGUUCAAUUCGCAACGGGAUUGUUCAAAUCGUUAGUGCAUUGUGCGUGAUUUCCGAAUUACGAAUCUGCAGCAGCACACGCGUCCACCCGCCUGAAAAUGGCCAGCAAUCAACUGUUGGACGCCAAUAAAGUCAAAAACGACUUUGAAGUUGAGGAUACUGUGGGACGUAAAUCCAACCGGACAUUUUUAUAUAUUGCUGCUUGUACAGCUAAUUUAUUCGCUUUCUGCUGUGGAAUUGCCUUUGGCUGGUCAUCACCAAUACUUCCAAAACUUCGAGAAAACAUCGAAUCUUCCCUCCCACAUUCAAUCACACCUGAAGAUGAAUCAUGGAUUGGUUCUCUGUUACCUUUGGGUGCCGCCAUUGGUCCGUUCGCUGCAGGAUUCUGCUCUGAUCGAUUUGGCCGCAAGAAAACCAUCCUAAUGUCUGUUGUGCCAAUGCUCAUCGCUUUUUUCACCUUCGCGUACGCUAACACCGUAGGAUAUUAUUACGUGGGACGCUUUUUCUGUGGUCUAACAGUCGGUGGAAUAUUCACGGUGCUUCCUGUUUACAUCGCUGAAAUUGCCGAGGAUGAAGUGCGCAGUUCUCUUGGCUCCUUCAUGCAGUUAUUCAUCGUUGUUGGUCUUACCUUUUCCUAUGCCACAGGUCCUUAUAUACCAAUGGGCAACUACAAUCUCAUAGCAUGUUUAAUUCUUAUUAUUUCUUCCUUUGCCUUCUUUUUGUACAUUCCGGAAACACCACAUUAUCAUAUUGCAAAGAAUGAACUUAAACAAGCUGAGGAUUCGCUGAUGAAAUUACGGUCAAAGAGUCGAGAUGAAAUAAUGAGCGAGUUGACACUUAUUAAAGAGAGUGUUCAAGGAGCAGGUGGAAAGCAAGGUGGAUUUUCGGAUAUAUUUGCAUCGCAAGUAAUUAAGAAAGCUUUAGGCCUCACUCUGUUGUUGAUGGUUUAUCAACAGUUUUGUGGAAUUAACGUAGUGUUAUUCUACACGGCGACCAUCUUUGCGGCUACAGGAAGUUCCAUCCCUCCAGAUGUAUCUACCAUUAUCAUCGGCGUUGUGCAGAUUAUGGCUAGUGGAGUUACACCAAUGAUUGUGGAUAAAUACGGAAAACGAUUCUUGUUGAUUGUAUCAGCACUAAUGAUGUGCAUUGGUGAAGUAACGCUUGGAUUUUAUUUCUAUUUGAAAGAGAUUGGAAACAAUUUGGAGUCCAUUUCAUGGCUGCCUAUUACUUGUUUAGUGGUGUAUAUUGUUUUCUACAGUAUUGGAAUGGGUCCUUUGCCAUGGGCUGUGAUGGGAGAGUUAUUUCCCACAGAAGUCAAAUCAGCAGCUGCGACUGCCAUUGCAUCCAGUUGUUGGUUAAUGGCCUUUUUACUCACGAAAUUCUUUGGUAAUGUCUCAGCGAUCAUUGGUAUCGGCGGUUCAUUUUGGAUCUUCGCCGGAUUUUGUGCUUUCGCUGUUUUCCAAAUUUACAAAUAUUUACCGGAAACAAGCGGCAAAAGCUUACAACAAAUUCAAGAGAUUUUAGCAAAAGGAAAAUAAUAUGCUAUGCUUAUAUUAGUGCUUGUUAAUAUUUAUUCCUAUACAAUUAGUGGCUGUUAAUUAGUAAACAACAAAAUCAUAAUUAAAAUAUGAAUUGUUGUUAGUUAAAGAUAAAACAAAUUAAACCAAA